AUGCUGUUCAACUUCCUUCUUACGCUCGCGGUUACCGGUGCGAUCGUCUUGGUGGCUGGUCAGACAUGUUACCAUCCCGACCAGACCUCUUCGUCUUCAGACGAAGCGUGUGGCUUUAGCACAAGUUAUUGUUGUGAACCUGAAGACACAUGUGUAACACAAGGUCUCUGCCAGGACCGGAACAAUCACCUCAACGGCGCUCUCACCUUUUUCGAGGGAGCCACUGAACCAGGAAACUAUACAAGACUGUACAAGACAGCCUCGUGCACGAAUGAAAACUGGUCAAAUUGCAUCAACCACUGCCCUUCAUCUGACAACAAUAGGACGGCAUAUAUAUGGGCCUGCAACGACCAAUUGUCUCUCUUUUGCUGUCAUGAUGAUGAAGCCGAUCUGUCGCAGGGCGAUUGUUGCAACGGGCCUACAUGGUCGGUCUCUGAAGCCCCUCUCGCGCUGAAUGUCUCACUCCGAGCAGCCACGUCAUCGUCGAAGACCACAUCAUCUACAACAACACAAUCGUUUCAGAUCGCAUCCUCUGUAAUCACACAGUUUUCUUCAUCCGCGUCGGCCGUAUCGGUGAUCACAAUAUAUACCGUGCCUGCCUCUACUAUCAACACGACUUCUAUUGCUCCGACGAGCGUUUCAACAUCAACAUCACCGGCUACACCCUCCCAUAACACCGAGGGCCUUUCUGGAAGUGCAAAGAUAGGCCUCGGUGUGGGGAUAACGGUCGGUCUUGUCAGCAUCAUCGCUCUCGCCUUCAUCUGGCAUAAGAGACGACUAAACAAGCGCCGAGACACAAGCAUCUAUAUCGAUCAACCAGAGCCGAAAGUCAUCGACUGUCACACGCCUUCCAAGCCUGGCGAGAUGGAAUCGCAGGAAGUGCGGGAACUAGAUGCGGACUGGAAACCAAUAGAGUUGGCAACCGGGAGGAAUGUUGCUCAUGAGCUGUCAACAUAAAUAAGUUUCUUAUUGGUCUCGUGGACGGACGGUGCUGCUAGCUAGCAGAGCCAUGACGGAGACAACGCCAACACAAGAUCCCGCUAGCACGAUCAGUUCUGAACGGAUGAAAGUAGUAGGGGAGAUGGUGUAAAUUGACGAUCAAGCAUAUCUUAAACCUUUUCAUCCUGAAUAUUUCCAUCUU